AUGGAUCACCAAGCUGUAAAGGGCAAUCCAAUAAAGGGGAGACCUCCGUGGUCUGAAACGAAUUCCAGGCACCUGUACUCUGUCAUCAUCGAGAAGGCGGCGGAGACAGACGCAAUGCUCGUCAUGCUUGAGGGCGAAGCACAGGUGGAGGCACAGAAUGGCAGCUGCAUCGGCAGCUAUGGCCCCAACUCCUCUUUCGGAGAGGUGGUGGUCCUAGGCCUUGUCGACACGUUUCCGGCCCGCGUGCGCGCUGCCACGGACUGCCGGGUGCUGCCGGUCAAGGCUGCUGCAGUGAGGCACGCCCUGGCGAUGCCAAAUCGCCUGCCGGAAGAGCGCCAGGAGCUCCAUCGCCUCAUCGAGCAGCGGCGCUCGCAGGUCUUGAACGCCGUCUCAGGGAGUCUCGUUUGCACCUUCAAGGCCGCUGGAAGCUGGUCGAUCGCGGACGUGAAGGAGGAGAUUUCCAACCUGACCGGCCGGGCCACCUCACUGCUUCCCUCCGGCCGGCAGCUCCUCCUGGGUUGCAAGCUGCUACAGGACGGCGAGCUCCUGAAGAACCUUGGCGCCUCAGCCGUGGAGCCGCCUGGCUCCUCGAAGCGCACCCUGGAGCUGAGAAUGGUGGAAGCGUCCGACGACUUCUAUGUGAGGUAUUUUGCCAGGAGAGAUUUCCGAGAGGACCACGAGCUUCACGAGUUUGAGUUCUGCAGCAGUGGGAGGUUCCGCUUCGCGCGCGACUUCUUGCAGGGAGGCUUCUUCCAGGGCAAGAUGCUUCGGAAGGAGUGCUUCCUGUCCGCGGCAAGUCUUCGUGUUCUGAGAGGCAUGGUGCUGAAGAGUGGCAUCCUGCAAGCCGAUGACGCAGAUCUGCCAUUGCCAACACGGCAGUCUCGACAGGAGCUGGAGAUCAAGUGCGAAGGCACCCACGUGACGCUUGCGACCCAGCUCCACCCGAGCCUGCCUCACAUCGACGGCGGGAGGCGGCUCGACCACGAACGCACGAUGUCUGACUUCGACGCCCUUGCCGAGGACAUCAAGUCCUUUGGGAAGUCCAUCCUCGAAGUUUUCAACGUCCAGCUGGACGGGGCGGCGGUCGCGACUGCGCGCCCGCGACGCUGA